AUGCAGGUGAAGGAAAAGGAGGCUGAACAACAGAAGAAGAGGAUCAGGGAGCUGGAGCUGACACAGCAGCAGCUGGAAGUUGCCCUUAAUAUGGAGAUCCAGGCUCGGCUGGAGGAGGAGAGGGCCAGACUGGAGCUUGAGCGGUUGCUGCAGGCUGAAGAUGAAAAGAGGAAACAUUUCCAGCUCCUCCAGGAGCAGCAACGUACAAUGCAAAACCUCAGCCCCAUACAGGAGCUGUCAGAUGGCAGUCCCGAUGAGGACACCCCCUCAGCCCUCAACUCUGCCUCUCAGGAGCUCCAGGAUCUGCAGGCAUCUCGCCAAAGAAGCCACCAGCGUCUGGAGGAGGUUCAGGAGAGGCUGAGGAAUGCCAGUCAACAUGUACGGCACUGGAACAUCCAGCUGAACCGACUGAUGACCCCCAUUACUCCUGCAGAGCGACUGGAAAGCCGGCUGUUAUCAAAGCCCACAUGCCCUAAAAAGGAGGGCGCUGGCCAGUAA